ACCAAAUAUGUUAGUUGUGAGCCUCUAGCAAAAACUACAAGCUGAGAUGGGUUCCAUAAAACAAUUAAAAAUCUCUAAUUGUUAGAGAGGGUAUAAUCAGCUGCACCUGAGUGCCAUUCUUCCUUUCUCAGUAUAGCUAAUUGUGUUGUUCCUUGCCCCAUCCCUGCAACCUAUCACCCUUUCUCCCAGCCUACCAAGAUCCCUUUUUGCAUGUGGAAUAAAGAAGGUCUCCUUCUUCCCUGGGAGGGGAGGCUGCUGCCUUUGAUGAAGUUGCCAGCCUGACCCAGUUUGUUAGCAGUUAUAUGCAUCAUUGUGGAUAAACUGAUCUUGCUCAAAAUGUGUACCCAAUUACCUUUAUUAAAACUAAUCAAUACUGAAGUUACUCUGAAUUUUGGAAGACUAUUCAAAAGGAUCACAGGUGCUGGAAGAUCCAACAAGGUAAUAGAAGUCUUGGAAUAUGGUCCCAAGGACAGAUGGAAAGUCUGUUACAUGAAUACGAGGAAAAUUAUAACUGUCGAGGGUGGUGACCAGAAAGAUGAGGACCAGUGAACAAUUUUUAAAAAUGUUAUUUAAUUGAUUAAUUAAGAAAAAUUUUCUAUGGUUACAUGAUUCAUGUUCUUUCCCUCCCCUCCUCCCACCUCACUCCCGUAGCCAAUGUGCAAUUCAGUGAACAAAUUUUUCUAUUGUACUAUGAUAAAUUUCUUUUAAAGUUUGUGUGGAAGAGCCACACUGAAGAAAAUGUGUAUCCUUGAAGUUUUUAAUUAAAUGUCUACAAUAUUUAAAGUAAAUGAUUAUUAUAUUAAUUUUCAUUACAAUGUGAUGUUAAUAAUAAUAAUAUCUAAAAGUGGAGAAGAUAAUGAAUGCUUAGAAAAUAUAUUAGGUCUUUGUUAUUUUUUAAAAAGUUGACUGAGAAAUCAAUACCUAUUGACCCAAAUGCCUAUUUAUCCUUCUCUAUGGGAAUAAUCUACAUACCCACUGAGGGCAUCCUUGAUGAAGGCUUGAGUAGGAAAGAACAGACCACAACGAUAUAGUCACAUAACUGGCUGAAAGGAUUUACUACCUAUAAAAGAUGCUGCCACAAAGAGUUUCUAUUUUACCUAGCAUUGAACACUUUUGGAGCGCUUUCACAUCCAUGAAUUGCUUAACUCUCCAACAACCCUAAGAAGUGAGGAAAAUAAAGCAACUCUUCUUGAACUCGGAGCCAUGGAACCUUUAACUAAAUUGCUUAAACAUGAAGACAAAAUUGUAAGAAGAAAUGCCACCAUGAUAUUUGGAAUUCUUGCUUCUAAUAAUGACGUUAAAAAAGUGUUAAGGGAAUUAGAUAUCCUGAGUUCAAUUAUUGCUCAGCUGGCACCAGAAGAAGAAGUAGUGAUCCAUGAGUUUGCCAGCCUUUGCCUUGCAAACAUGUCUGUGGAAUACACCAGUAAAGUGCAAAUAUUUGAGUAUGGUGGAAUGGAACCACUCGUCAGACUUCUUGGGAGUCCAGACCCUGAUGUUAAGAAGAACUCUAUUGAAUGUCUUUACAACCUGGUACAGGACUAUCAUUGUCGUUUGGCAAUUCAGGACCUAAGUGCAAUCCCUCCUAUAAUGGAGCUCUUGAAGUCUGAAUUUCCAAUUAUUCAAUUGCUGGCUCUCAAGACCUUAGAAGUUGUUACCAAUGAUAGAGAAAGCAGACUAAUUUUCAGAGACUCCCAAGGACCGGAACAAAUUCUUAAAAUUCUGGAAACUAAGGAAUUUACUGAUCUCCAUGCAGAAGCUCUCAAUGUGAUAGCCAAUUGUCUGGAGGAUGUAGAUACCACAGUGCAUAUUCAGCAGGGAGGAGGCCUCAAGAAACUCUUGACAUUUACAGAAAACGCAGUAUUUCCCGAGAUCCAGAAGAGUGCAACUAAGGCCAUUUCUAGAGCAGCUUAUGAUCCUGAAAACAGAAAAGUUCUUCAUGAUCAAGAGGUGGAGAAAUGUCUCAUAACCCUUCUGGGAGCUGAAAAUGAUGGAACAAAAGUUGCUGCUGCCAAGGUGAUUUCGGCAAUGUCUGAAAAUAUGCAAAGCAAAGAAUAUUUCAAUACUGAAGGGAUUCCACAGAUAGUUCAGUUGCUGAAAAACGAAAAUGAUGAUGUAAAAGAAGCAGCCUCUGAAGCUUUGGCUAAUCUGACAACAGCGAAUUCAAUCAAUGCAAAUGCUGCUGCUGAAGCUGAAGCAAUUGAGCCCUUAAUAAAUAUGUUAGGCAGUAGCAGAGACAACAACAUUGCCAACGCUGCCACAGUGCUGACAAAUAUGGCUACCCAGGAGUCCCUGCGCCUGAUGAUCCAGAACCAUGACUUCAUGCGUGCCAUCAUCCAGCCCCUGAACAAUUCCAACCAUAUGGUCCAGAGUAAAGCCGCUCUCACUGUGGCUGCAAUCGCAUGUGAUACGGAUGCAAGGACUGAGUUUAAAAAUGCAAAUGGACUUAUACGACUUGUGGAAUUGCUACACUCAAAUAAUGAAGAAGUCAGAAGAAAUGCUAGUUGGGCUGUUAUGGUUUGUGCAAGUGAUGAGCCAAUAGCUGUUGAAUUAUGCAAACUAGGGGCUUUAGACAUCCUUCAAGAAAUUAAUACAUCACUAAAAAGAAAAAAUAAUUUUAGUGAGGCAGCUUAUAACAGAUUGCUUCAUAACAAUCUUUCCCUGAAGUACUGCAUGAAUGGCUAUUUGUCAUCUAUUGAUAUAAUUUCUGAUAUAUUCUAUGAUGCUGGUCGGCUAAGCCCUGGCACAAAACUUCUAUCUUUGAAGGAAUUCGCCUUACAAGAGCCAAGUGACCGUCGUGCAAUAAUCUUAAUUAAUAGUAAAAUUAGCACACCUUCUCCACAUCAUUCUACUCCAGGAGAUAAGUUGUCUACUUCUGGACGAUCUUCUUCAGCCAGAAAAGGGACUAAAUUCAGUCUAGUAACAUCUCCUACAGAAGAAAAACCAGAAUCUACUGGUCCACCUUCUAUCAGCAGCAAAAGUUUCAUUAAAGAGAAAGGAUCAAGAAAGGGAAAGGGAAAAAAAGAAGAAGAAAAAAAAGAGGAAGAGGAAAUACAACCUACCAAAGUAGAAUUGGUUGCUGAGAAAGAAUGGUGCCCACCAACUGACCAAGAGUUUUUGAACUAUAUCUCCGAGGUAUCCAAAACAGUCCUGCCUAUUACUGACCUGAUGGAGCAGAUUGAGGCACUUGCAAAGUUUGUGUCAGGAAAGAUGGGUGGUCCAGUUUCACAAGAGCUGAUGCAUGAAUUCAAGUGGGAACAUCACUUGAGUGAAGUACAAUAUAAACUAAAAUCCAAUGUCGUACCUAUCGGAUGUAUCAAGAAAGGAACCUUCUAUCACCGAGCUCUGCUUUUCAAGGCUUUAGCUGACAAGGUUGGGAUCGGUGCCACUUUAAUCCGAGGAGAAUACAACAGAGCUUGGAAUGAAGUUAAAUUAAUUAAUGAAAGAAAUCGAGGCAUAACUGGACUAUUACCUCCUCCUGAAAAAUUUAUUGUCGACCUAAUGUAUGAACCUGGUAGUCUGAUGAAGAUAAAAAGUAGAGAGGCAGAGCACUAUAGAUUUCUUUAAUUCAAAAAUUGUUCACAUAACAAAAUUAUUUCUUAGAUGUUUAAUACACAUUUCCCAGGAAACAUAAAUAUUAUAGUUUUCUUCUUUGUUUCCUUAAAGAAAAAUAAUUUUUCUCAUUUUUCUCUGCACUCAGAAUAUUAAGGAAUCGAAUUCACCUUUAUUUUGUACUUUGAAUUAGAAAACCUUAGCCAAGAAUUCAUUAUCUUUGCAUGCUGUUUUCUGUUUCUUUAACUCUGUUCUCUAAAUUAUUUGUUUUGUUAUCAUUUAACCUAGCUCACUGAUUUGUUUUCCAGAAAAAUCUCUAUCGUUCUGUAUUCUCAUCCAAGUGAUUUCAGCCAUUGUAUCUAGUAUAAUAAUGCCUCAUUAAGCAUCCUUAAUAUUGCUACUAUUUUGUGCCCAAAGUACCUCACAAACAAACACUUUGGGUUAAGUCAAUCUAGUUGUUUUUCUGAUGAUAUUUGGCUCACAAUCAUUUAUUAUUAUUUCACUAUGGUUUCAUCUUGUAGGGUUUAUUUUAUGGUGUUUUCUUUCUAAGAAACAAUUAUUCAUUUGAAGAGGCUAGCUACUAUGAACAUCGUUGAAAAUUAUUCAAUGUACUGAAAUUGUUAUUGUUUUCAGAAAAUAAGUUUUCAUUGUUAUAACUCUAUUAGCUUAGAAAUAAAAUUUCUUUGAUUACAAAAA